AUGGCGGCGGAGCCGGGGGAGCGGAGGGGACCGGGAUGGAGCGGGAGGGGCUGGAGCUGCUCGGGAGCGCUGCAAGUGCUGCUCGUGGCCGCGCUGGCGGCGGCCCCGGGAACGGGACCGGGAUGGAGCGGGGAACGAGGAACGGGACCGGGAUGGAGCGGGAGGGGCUGGAGCCGCUCGGGAACGCUGCGGGUGCUGCUCGUGGCCGCGCUGGCGGCGGGCAGUUUCGGCGGGAACUCUGUGGAGAGGAAGAUUUACGUGGCUCUGAACCGCACAGCGCCGUGCGUGCGUCUGCUCAACGCCACCCACCAGAUCGGCUGCCAGUUUUCCAGGGAUAUUUUGAUGCAGCUGAAAGGAAAUUCCCGAAUUUCCGGCCUCGCUGUCACCUCAGCCCGUCCCGACCCUUCCCAAGGAUUUUCCCCGGGAYUGAAAUGUCCCAACGAUGGAUUCGGUGUUUACUCCGAGGAUUAUGGCCCGCAGUUCUCUCACUGUAACGGUUCUGUCUGGAACCCCCUGGGCAGUGGCCUCUCCUACGAGCAAUUCCCCUUCCCCAUUUUCCUCCUGGAGGACGACAACGAGACCGAGGUCAUCAAACAGAUGGACAGUCACUCGUUUUUCUGGAACGUGGCUCCCGGGGCUGAGGGCGCCGUGUCGGGGGCGGUGGCGGCGCUGGCGGCGGCUCAGGCUCUGCACGGGGCCCCUGGGGUGGAAAAACUGCCCAGAAACGUCCUGUUCGUGUUCUUCCAGGGGGAAACCUUCGAUUACAUCGGCAGCUCUCGGAUGGUUUUUGACAUGGAGCAGGAGAAGUUCCCGCUGCGCCUGGAAAACAUCCGCUACUUCCUGGAGCUCAGCCAGGUGGCGCUGUGGAACGACUCCGUGCUCUGGAUGCACACGGAUCCCGUGUCCCGAAGGAACCAAUCUGUGGAGUCCCAGGUGAGGCAGGGACCAUUGUUUCCCAUUCCCAGGUAUUUCCAGAGCCGCUUUGACACAGCUGAGACCAUCGGGCUGCGUUAUCCCGAGGGGCUGAGCCCGGAGCAGCGCCUGGAAUUCGUCAGCGACACCGCCAAGGUCAGGGAAUUCGGGAAUUCUGGAAUUCUGGGAUCAUCUGGGGUCAUCCGGGAAUUCUGGGAUUAUCCGGGCCCAAUUUUCCCACCCCGUGAUCCCAAAUUUUGGCCGCUCCGAGAUAAUUUUUUCCCGUUUUUCCCUAAAAAUUCCCGUUUUUUGCAGGUGGCCCGGAUGCUCUACGGUUUCCUGAUCCAAACCAACAAUUCCUGGUUCCAAUCCAUCAUCAAAAGCGACCUCAAGGGGAUCCUGGGUGGAGCUCCCCAGCACUACGUGGCCGUGUCCAGCCCGGUGAACUCGACGCUGCUGCUCCAGGCUGUCCUGGCCAACGUCACGGGGCUGAGGGUGAACCUGAGCCGGGAGCUGUGCCAGGAGCCCGAGAGAGCGCCCGGAGCCCAGCCACAGCUCUAUGAAUAUUCCUGGGUGCAGGGUCCCCUGGAUCCCAACUCCACGCUCCGAGCCCCGUUCUGUGUCCGUUCCGGGGCCCGUCUGGCCAAGGCGCUGUCCCCGGCGUUUGAGCUGCGCCAGUGGGGAUCCCGCGAGUUUUCCACGUGGACGGAGAGCCGAUGGAAAGACAUCAGAGCCAGGAUAUUCCUGGUGGCCAGUCCCCAACUGGAGGUGAGAAACUGGGAUAGACUGGGAUAGACUGGG